AUGCCAGAGGGAAAUCACAGCAGCGUGACUGAAUUUAUCCUCACUGGAUUCCCCGGACUUCAUCUAAAGUACCACGGUCUCGCCUCAGCUGUAUUGUUCUUGGUUUAUUCCUUAACUUUGAUAGGCAAUGGUACAGUUCUUUUUUUAUUUGCAACUGACCGCAGCCUUCACAAGCCCAUGUAUUAUAUCAUUCUGAAUCUGAGCGUAUGUGACCUUCUCUUUAGCACAGCCACGUUACCUAAGAUCAUCAGUAAUUACUGGUUUCAAUCAGGGACCAUCUCAUUCACUGCUUGUUUUGUCCAAAUGUACUUUGUUCACUACCUGGGCACAGUGAAUUCUUAUAUUCUCUUUCUAAUGGCUUUUGAUAGGUAUUUGGCUAUCUGCCAUCCUCUCAGAUAUUCACUUGUUCUUAAAAACUCUACUAUCUGUAUUCUCAGUGUUACUGCUUGGGUUGUUGCCAAGGCAGGACCUCUAAUGAUCGUUAUAAGGGCGUACCCGCUCCCUUACUGUGCCUCCAACAUAAUCAAUCACUGUUACUGUGAUCAUAUUGGUAUAACAAUGCUGGCCUGCACUGACAGAGCUCCUUAUGGCUUUUCUGCUUUUGUGUUUGCAAUGGUAGCGCUAGUAGGUCCUCUGGCAUUUAUAAUUUUCUCAUACUGCUGCAUAAUUAUAGCAGUACUUAAGAUAGCAAAUGUACAGGGUCGCCUAAAGUCUCUGUCCACUUGCAGCACUCAACUGAUUAUAAUCUCACUCUAUUAUUUACCCAGAUGUUUUGUAUAUUUAGCCAGCAAUGUCGGCAUUAGAUUUAACACUGAUAUGCGAAUAGUUAUUAUCGUGCUUUAUAGCCUUUGCCCCCCCAUGAUAAAUCCACUUAUAUAUUGCUUAAGAGGUAAAGACAUGAGAAAAAGCUUGCUGAAGCAGUUCAACAAAAGGACUGUUCCACAGAAAGCACAAGUUUCAGCUGUUUGUAACUAA